AUGACCAACACCUCUCAAGAGAUGCACCCUGCAUCUAUGGGCGUGAACAAGGAUGAUUUGGUGAUUCCCCUGAUAGACUUUGGUCCCUUUUUUUGGGGAACCCCGUCAGACAAGCAUGCCGUCGCCCUAUCUAUCACCGAGGCGUUCAAGACCUCGGGAUUUCUCUACUUGAAGAAUCACGGAAUACCACCAUCGGUCGUGUCUCAAGUGUUCGCUUCUUCUGCUCGAUUCUUCGAUCGCCCCCAGGAUCAGAAAAACGGUUUAGGAUGGACAACCCCACAAUCAAAUCGUGGAUACGUUGCUAUUGGGAGAGAGAAGCUCGCUCCUCUUGAUGAAACAGACGACAUAAAUAAUCGCCGGAAGUCUGUACCUGACAUUAAAGAGACUAUGGAAAUUGGCCGGGAGGGCGUAGAUGGUUUGCCGAACCGCUGGCCCGACCAUCUCGAUGAGGAAGGCAAGAAGUUCAAGGAAACGAUGCUUGGGUUUUUUGAGAUGUGCAAACAUCUACACAAGCAGGUCAUGAGCUCCAUCGCCCUUGGCAUGAACCUUCCCGAGCACUUUUUCGACGAAUUUGUAAGUGGUGGUGAUAAUAAUCUUCGCCUUUUGCAUUAUCCCCCAGUCCACAAGGAUGUCUUUAAGAGGAACCCCGAGCAAGUUCGCGCCGGUGAACAUAGUGAUUAUGGCUCAGUUACACUGCUUUUCCAAGAUCGACAUGGGGGCUUGCAAGUGCGAAGUCCUAGGGGAUCGUUUGUUGACGCCACUCCAAUUGCUGAUACAAUCGUGAUCAAUGCCGGCGACCUACUCGCGCGCUGGUCAAACGAUACCAUCAAGAGUACCCGCCAUCGAGUAAUACAACCACCCAAGCCCGAGGGCGGAAAGAGUGAUGAUAGUUUGGUCGAUACGUACCCUUCGCGUUAUAGCAUUGCGUACUUCUGCAACCCCAACAACGACAAGGUCAUCAAAGCCCUACCGGGAACAUACGGUGAAGAUAUCCAUGUUGCGAAGAAGUACACAGACGUCACUGCGGGCGAAUAUCUAGUCCAGCGACUGACAGAGACAUACUGA